UGAGGAGGAGAGGAGAGUGAGAGCGCGAUUUGUCGUGAUGUGUACGCGGUUGUGGGAGCUUCGUGCUUCAGUCUGUUGACUUCACAUAGCUUCUCGGGCCUGGGCCCUACACCCCUAAACAGCGUGCUGACGUGUCCCGGUUGGGUGAGCUGAGGGGUAAAGCGCUCCAGAUUAUGAACCAAUUUGGAGCUUCCACGCUCAUCAACCUGUCUAACUUUUCAACUUCCACCACCAUGUCUGCCUCAACCACUGUGAAACAAGAGCAAACCAUGGCCAACAGCACAGCAGGAAAUAAAGUACCUGGCACAGCACCAGGAGGAGGACGAACAAGUCCAGAUGCCAACCAGGUAUUAACAAAGAAGAAGCUUCAUGAUUUGGUCAGAGAGAUUGAUCCAAAUGAACAGUUAGAUGAGGAUGUAGAGGAGAUGCUGCUGCAGAUAGCAGAUGAUUUCAUUGAGAGUGUGGUCUCUGCAGCUUGCCAGCUAGCACGACAUCGUAGAUCAAACACGUUGGAAGUUAAAGAUGUUCAGCUUCAUCUAGAACGACAAUGGAACAUGUGGAUCCCAGGGUUCGGAUCAGAAGAGAUUAGGCCCUAUAAGAAGGCUUGCACAACUGAGGCCCACAAACAGAGAAUGGCUCUCAUUAAGAAGACCCAGAAGAAGUAGACGACUGUUGUUUUCUUAGUCAGCACUCCCAUGUUGACGCCAUGACUCUGCAGUGAACUGAUGCAGAUGCCACCUCUUCAGAGAAGAGCCUCAUUUUUGGACAGAGACUGCACAUCUAGUAAUGUGGACUUGCCUUUACUAGUCUAGCAUUACAGAACCCUCUGGCAGGGGAAGUGUUACACUGUCGUUUUCCUUUUGUAUAUAUAACAGAAAGUGGUUUGAUUAAAGAUUGUUGUUGUAA